AUGGAAAACCGCGAUCAACAACUAGAAGCCCAGUUCCGGAAAUUCGUAGAAGCGGAUGCUUUGAGACUGAAUGAAGAACCACGAAACGUCGAGGGAGAGUUCUACGAAGAGUUCGUCAAAAACAAACUCACCUACGACGCAAGAUCUCGACGGUUUACGGCACGAUUACCGUUCAAGGAGGGACUACAGCCAUCGAUGAAUCGAGCCCUUUGCCUCGCAAGGCUUCGGUCGUUGGACACAAGAUUGAAGAAGUCGAAAAGGCGAGAUGAGUAUGACGAAGAAUUCCGAAGUAUGCUGAACCUCGGUUUCAUCGAACGUGUUGAUCAUCCAGAGCAACCUCAAUCGAAAGGGGUGUCGUACCUUCCGCAUAGGGAAGUAAUACGAACCGAAAGUUUGACGACAAAGCUAAGGAUCGUGUUCGACGCUUCGGCAAAAGAAAAACAAAAAUACUCGCUCAAUGAGACGUUGGAAAGCGGGCCGAACCUGAAUGCGGAUCUAUUAGCUAUCAUUCUCAACUUCAGAAGACACAAAGUUACGCUAAUGGCAGAUAUUGAGAAGGCGUUCCCUCAAGUGAUAAUUCAUGAAGAGGAUCGAGACUUCCUCAGACUGCUCUGGGAUGAGGAAGGCAGUG